CACAUUUCAUUGGGCAUUAACGUGUGGGAAUAAGGUUCCUAUAGAAGAAGGCUUGGAGCAUCCAGAAUUACCUGAUGGAACUGGUGAGUUUUUGGAUGCAUGGUUGAUGCUUCUUGAAAAGCUUGUAAAUCCAAAAACUGUUUUAGAGUCACCACAUACCUUAUCAUCCAAGCUUAAUCAACAAGGGAGCUCAAGUUUUGACCCUGUUAUGUAUUUAAUUCACGUUCAUAAGAGAGCUUUUGAAAGCAUUAUGUAUUUGUGGGAUAGAAGACCUUUGCUUGUUUAUGGAGAAAGGAUUGCAGAUUCUAUAUUAACUAUAAUAUGCCAUCUUCUAAAGGGGGAAAAUGAAAUAAAAGAACGAUUGGUACAGAGGGAAGAAAUACGGGCAUAUGUUUCACAGGCUCCUCCAUCAAGUACAGCAUCUGCUGCUACUUCUGCGAACAGAAUUGUCACACGUAGUAGACGCUUACUAGAAGGAGAUGAUAGUAGUGUGAAUCAAGAUCAUCUAGUUCAACUCGUAGAUAUGGGGUUUUCCAGAGGACUAGCAACUGAAGCUUUGCUGAGUACCAAUUCUCUAGAACAAGCAACAGAUUAUCUUCUUAGUUACUCUGCUGCAUUAGGAAGAGGCUCUACUUCUGGUGCUGCUUCGAAUUUAGGAAUGGAUUGGGAAAUGUCAGAAGAGGAUCAAAUGCUUCGAGCAAUAGCAAUGUCUUUAGGAGAGAAUGUUUUGGUGUCGACAAAUCAAGUGGAAAAUGAACCAAAUAAAACAGAUGAACAGAAGGAACUUGAGUUUGAGCAGCAGCAAGAAGAACCACUCUCCACUCAGACACUGGAUUUAUUUACAGAAUAUAUUGCAGAAGCCUGCUUGAGGUUAUCAGAUGCUUUACCAGAGACAGUUCACAGGGUCUCUGAACUUUUACUAGCUGUUGCUGAGAGAAACGGAGAAAUCUGGUGUGAUAACUUUCUUGUUGAUCGUUUUAUUAGGGAGAUUUUUCAUAUUAUGGGCCGCAUGGUUCAUCAUCUAUCUACAGACUACAUACCAGAAGAGCGUAAAGGUUGGGGCAUAGGUUCUAGGUUUCCUUGGUUCCGUUUGGAAUCCAAACUAGCCGUGCGACUUCAUUUGUUUACUCUCAUCGUUGAGGAAAUGCCUAUAACAUGUGCAAGGGAAAUGGAAAGAAUUGGAGUACCUAAUCUAAUUAUCAAAGUCCUGGAAUCAACAGCUGCAUGUAUGAAACUUCUUCAUGAUGAAGCUACACCAAGGUGGUUACCAUUUAUGGUGAUGCUAAUUGACCAGUAUGAUAGGGGUGCAGAAAUGACACAUAGAAAAGCUCCCCUUCUUAUGGCACCUAAACGCCAGUGGAAGUGGUUUGAUGAUCGCAGUGGGAAAUGGAACAAUUAUACACUGACCAACAAUAAAGUUAUUGAUGAUGCUUUUAAAGCAGGUGAAACGAGCGUGGAAUUUACUGCUGGCCGUCGUAAUUAUGUUGUUCAGUUGAAUACUAUGACACAGAUAAAUGAAGAAACUGGCAACUGGAGGCCUAUUUUAUUAGUAUUGGAAGAUAAACCUAACGAAAUAAGGGAUGAAGAUGACAUUAAAGGAAGAGAUAUUAUUUUUGAUGAGGCUACAGGUGAUUUUGCAAGCUGUGUUCAGGGUAUAGAAACGAGUUUCCUUGACACCCAGCCAGUCCAAAUUAGAGUGAUUAAGAAAUUAACACCUCAUCAAAAUAAAACUUUAGUGAGGGUCUGUGUUACAUUUUUGAGUGUUCCUCUAGAACCAGAUGCAUUGCAUGCUAUCAUGAGGUUAUGCUUAAGACUAACUAGAGUUCAUUCCAAUGCUGUCAUGUUUGCUAAUAUGGAUGGACCUAAACUUCUUUUGUCUUUAACUCAGCCAUAUUCUUUUAUUGGAUUUACAUCUUUGACUACUUUGUUAUUUCGUCAUAUAUUAGAAGAUAGCUCAACACUGUUCAAUACUAUGGGAAAAGUUAUAAGAUCUACAACAUCAGCUGGAGCAGCAUCUUUGUUCAUCUCCAAAGAAAUGAAUUAUAUUUUUAGAGUAUUAAGUCCUUUGGCAUGUAGGGAUCCUGAAAUUUUUAUUAGUGUAGCAUCAAAUACGUUACGUUUGGCAAUUUUACCUGUUGCUAAAAGAGAUGAGGAUGAUAGAUAUAACAACAGUUAUUCAGUUCAGAUGCUCAAGUCUUGUCCUCUCAAGUCCCAGAUUUAUGCACCUGAUUAUCCAUAUAAUGCUGAAGUUGCAAAUAAUUUAAUAUAUGUUCUUCUGAAUGCUUUGACAGCAAAACCUCUUGAGCUACCUGACGAAGGAAAUGCUUCUCCAGAAUCAAAUCCUGAUACUUUACCAUCUACAGAUCAGCCAUCCCCACUGAGAGAUGUUAGUGGAACUGACCUUCUUCCAACUGAUGAUGAUGAUGGUUUAGUUAUACCAUUAAGUAUUCCAAAUGUAGAUGGAUUUAAUGAUAGUACCGAAUCGAUCAGUAGUCCAAGAGAAGGUAGCAGAUUAACUAAAGAUACUUCUAAAGACAGUAAAUCAGAGUCUAGCUCAAUGAAAAAUAUUCCUAUAAUUAGAAAGUCUGGAAUAUGUCGAAUACUUGCUGAAUUGGUACGUUCAUAUUCUCAGUGUGCAAGAAUGAUUACGGAUUACUCUUUUCCUGUUGGAGUUUCUGAAUUGGUUACGGAGGACUGCACAGCUCUUGCUUUUAUUUUGGACAACCUACUGCAUAGCAGUCAGACUGCAGGAGAUAAAGAAACACCAGCAUUAGCAAGAGUAUUGAUUGCAGCUAUAGCAUCAUGUAACCAUUGUUCAGAAGUGCAGACAACACUUGUUAAUGAGGUUCGAUUUGCUCUACUUAGGGCUCUGUCACUACCUGAAAGUGCAGAAAAGCAUGCUCGUAUUCAAGCUCUCACAGGACUUAUAAGUACCAUGAUAGAAUCUUGUCCGUCUACUUCAUCACAGAGUCAGUUGAGUGGAUGUGCUUUAAGAUCUCAGUCAUCAUCGAUGAACAAUAUAGUGAGACUAUUUCUUCGGAAAGGAAUUGUUGUUGAUUUGGCAAGGAUACCACAUUAUCUAGACCUAUCUAGUCCUCACAUGGCUACUACAGUGAAUUGUGCUCUUAAGCCGUUAGAGACAUUAUCUCGUAUUGUAAAUUUACCAUCUGGUAGUAUGACAAAUAAAUCUAAGGGCAAAUCUUCAAGUGCAGAAACUAGAGAUUCGGUACCUGAAGCAAUGGAAGAAGAUACUUCAAGUGGUCGUUGCAGCACUGGAUUGUCCAUUUUGCCAUAUCGGGCUGGUCAUGCUGCAGCUGCAACUAUGGAUCCUGCUCUUGAAGGCUUGAUGAAUGAGAUUCUUGAGGGACAUGAAAAUUCUGGUGAUAAUGAAGAUCAAAUUCCAUCUGAUACCAGUGUUGAGGCAGGAGAACAAGACCUUACUGUUACUGUUGAAAUGGGAGAUCAUUCCAGUGCACCAACAGGAUCUCGCCACUCAAAUUCCUUUGGAAAUCAAACACAAG